AUGCCGCCGAAACAUAUCAUAGAAAGUAUCAGAAAUCCUCGUCGUAGUGGUUUCAAAAAUAAACAACAUGAUACGAUCCACCAAUUAAACAAAAGUGCUGCCCCUAUUAUUGCAACUACCACAAGUAAUUAUAUCCACUACCGUAGAUUGAUUACAAUUUUAUUUACAUGUUUGUUACCAUUGUUUUCAAAUGCAUUACCAUUGUCUCCAUCUAGAGCUGCAAAUACUGUCAUCAUCACAGAUGGCGGAAGUGAGGUUCAUCAUGUGCCUACCGAAGAGCAAUUCAUCACCUAUGUUGUAAUCUCUAUAACUCUAGUUUUAUUGGGUGGUGUAUUUGCAGGGUUGACUUUGGGUUUAAUGGGCCAAGAUGAAGUCUAUUUGAGAGUUAUUCAAAAUAGUGGUACUUUAAAGGAACAAAAAUUAGCUACAAAAGUAUUGGACUUGAUGGAGAAGGGGAAACAUUGGGUAUUGGUAACAUUGCUAUUGUCUAAUGUUAUAACUAAUGAGUCCUUGCCUAUUGUUCUUGAUAGAUGUUUGGGUGGUGGAUGGCAAGCAGUUGUUGGUAGUACUGUUUCCAUUGUUUUAUUUGGUGAAAUUAUACCACAAAGUAUUUGUGUCAGAUAUGGUUUGGAGGUUGGUGCAUUUUUCACUCCUUUUGUGUUAGCAUUAAUGUACAUCAUGUAUCCGAUUGCCUAUCCUAUUGCUUUAUUACUGGACAAGAUUCUAGGUGAAAAUCAUGGCACAAUGUACAAGAAGUCAGGUUUGAAAACGUUGGUCACUUUACACCAAACUAUGGGUGUUGACAGAUUAACGCAUGACGAAGUUACCAUUAUUUCUGCCGUUUUGGAUCUAAAAGAGAAAAAAGUUUCUGAGAUUAUGACCCCAAUUGAAAACGUUUUUACGAUGAGUGCCGAUCGCGUGUUGGAUGAAAAAACAGUUCAAGAAAUAUUGAAUGCUGGGUUCAGCAGAAUUCCUAUAUAUUUGCCUAAUGAACCCAGUAACUUUAUUGGUAUGUUGUUGGUUCGUGUCUUAAUUUCUUAUGACCCAGAGGAUUGUUUACCUGUUUCAUCCUUCCCCUUAGCCACUUUGCCUGAAACUUCUCCAACAACGUCUUGUUUAAAUAUUUUAAAUUAUUUCCAAGAAGGUAAAUCUCACAUGUGUAUAGUUAGUGAUACUCCUGGUAUGAGCACUGGGGCUCUGGGUGUGUUAACUUUGGAAGAUGUUAUUGAAGAAUUGAUUGGUGAAGAGAUUGUUGAUGAAUCUGAUGUUUUUGUAGAUAUUCACCAGCGCAUUAUGAGAGAGCACCCUGGUCCAUUCAGCAGACGUCACAUGACUGCAUAUUUCCAUUCCCUAUAUAACUCACAUAAGAAACAUGACAGCGUCUCCGGCAACGAUAACGAACACUAUUAUUCUGACGGUGAGAUGGAUGAUGGGACUGACUACGGUUCAGAUGGAUAUGAAAUACCAAGGGAAAAUGUGCCGUUGUUAAUGACACCCAAGGUAUCAAAUGCCGGUGAAACGAAAGAUGCUUUGUCGGAUAAAAAGAACAAGAAUACUAUUCAACCAUCCAAUUUAGCUAGUGAUCCUUUGAAGGUGGCAAAUCCAUUUGUUACAAUUAAGAAACAGCCGCGUGAAUUAUUGACCAACGGUAAAAAUACAUCAGUAAAUAAUAGCAAUUCUAAUCUACCUGAACCUUAUAAGAGGAAUAUUAAUGAUUUAAUAUUAAGUUCCACUGUGGCUGCUAGUGCACACAACGCUCUGAAAACAUACCUUAAAAAUAAUGUUGGUAAUGGCGCAGAAAGUACCAAUGGGCAGAAAAAUGGUGGUCAGAACGAGGAUAAUAGAAAUAAUGGCAAUAAUAGCACUAAUAAUAAUGAUACUGUAAACUACUCGCCACGAGUUACCACUACUGUACAAAUUCCUGUUGAGCGUAAAGUUGAAGACGCUGGUAGCGGUAAUAUGAGUACCACCUAUAAAAGUAAUAUAAUUUCUUCUUCUUAUAAGCCCGCAGAUAAUGGGAUUGUGGAAAGUGUUGUUCAAGUCAAGGGUGUUUCCAAAACCGUGAUUAAACCUGCAGAAAAUUGGGAAAAUGUGCAUAGUUCUGUGUCUAAUGCCUCAUCAAAUUCUUCAAACUCCAAAACAAUAAUGAAUGGUAAUACUAGUAUAAGAUCCAACUCAAAUAGUGACUAUAACAAUGGGAAUAGUAAUUUUAUCGGUAAGACAAGAAAUAAGAACAAUGCUGAUAAUAAUUAG